AUAAACUGGAUACAUUUAAAAAACAGGAGGCUACACAGCUGCUGGACACAGGAAAGGUCAAGCCUUGACAUCACCGAGCAAGUCCUGACAACACAGAGUGAAUCACGGAGAGACAAGACAUCUCAAAAAUCUGAAAAACUGGAUACAUUUAAAACAGGAUGCUACACAGCAGCUGGACACAGGAAAGGUCAAGCCAUGACAUCACAGAGCAAGUCCCGACAACACAGAGUGACUCACGGAGAGACAAGACAUCGCAAAAAGCUGAUAAACUGGAUACAUUUAAAACAGGAGGCUACACAGCUGCUGGACACAGGAAAGUUCAAGCCAUGACAUCACGGAGCCAGUCCCGACAAAACAGAGUGAAUCGCGGAGAGACAAGACAUCGCAAAAAGCUGAUAAACUGGAUACAUUUAAAAAACAGGAGGCUUCACAGCUGCUGGACACAGGAAAGGUCAAGCCAUGACAUCACCGAGCAAGUCCUGACAACACAGAGUGACUCACGGAGAGACAAGACAUCGCAAAAAUCUGAUAAACUGGAUACAUUUAAAACAGGAGGCUACACAGCAGCUGGACACAGGAAAGGUCAAGCCAUGACAUCACAGAGCAAGUCCCGACAACACAGAGUGACUCACGGAGAGACAAGACAUCGCAAAAAGCUGAUAAACUGGAUACAUUUAAAACAGGAGGCUACACAGCUGCUGGACACAGGUAGGGAUCUGGCAGUAAUUGUUCGUUAUUGUAGGAAUGAAUGUGGUCACAUAGAUUAUCAGAAGAGCAUUACUCUGGGAAUAUAGCUGAGCAAUGGGACCAUCUACAUGUAAAUUUUAACCUGAACGCACUGAAGCAGGUAAGAUUUACCGAUUGUGUAUAAAGGAAACUGCAGAUGUUGGAUUACACCGGAUAUGGACACUCAAUGCUGGAUUAACUCAACGGGACAGACAGCAUCUCUGGAUAGAAGGAAUGGGUGACGUUUUGGGUCGAGUCUGAAGAACGAUCUUAACCUGAAACGUCACCCAUUCCUUGUAUCCGGAGAUGCUGAGUUACUCCAGCAUUUUGUGUCUAUUGAUUAUUCGAUUGAUGGAUAUUUACGUUUUAUGAUUGUUGACUCUUUAAUGUAUCAAUGAUAAAUUAUCCUCACCUAAUUUUGAGCUGAAAUUCCCAAUCAACAAAUGGGGUCGCCACAUGGUUAUCACAUGGUCGCAGAUAGUUACCAGGGAGUCGCCUUCAUGGUCGUGAGGAGUUCCCGCAUUUUGGGGACUAGUCGGGGCCUCAUUACAGUCUCUGCAAAUUUUUCAACAUGCGAAUAAAUUUAGGACGCCAUUGAAAGUAGCCAAGCAUUGUCGUAUCAUAGGUUCAUGCUGUUGUAGUGGGUCGCCAGGUAGUCGUAGUUUGUCGUUGUUUGCCUUAAACAUAGUAAUCGUUGGAUGGUGAUGAGUUUGGAUUUUCGGCGAUCCAACAAGACUUAACCUGAAUGCACUGAAGCAGAUAAAAUUACCGAUUAUGUAGGAAGGAACUGCAGAUGCUGGAUUACACCGAAGAUGGACAGAAAAUGCUGGAGUAACUCAGUGGGACAGGCAGCAUCUCUGGAUAGAAGGAAUGGGUGACGUUUUGGGUCGAGUCUGAAGAACUAGUCGGGACCUCAUUACAGUCUCUGCAAAUUUUUCAACAUGUUGAAAAAUUCGCGGCAACCAAAAUUUGGAUGCCAUUUAGAGUAGCGAGAAUUGUCGUGUCAUAGGUGCAGUUGCAGUAGUUGGGUCUCCAGGUAGUCGUAGGUUGUCGUUGCUUGCCUUAGACAUAUUAGCCGUUGGAUGGUGAUGAGCCUGGAUUUUCGACGAUCCAACAAGACUAUAACAGUCACCGGCAGUCCCCUAAAAAGUCACCUUUGUGGGACAGGCCCAUAACAAAGUUAGUGUCCCAUUCUUCUGGUAAUGGUUAACGAUGCCUAAUUGACAGCACUGGUUGAUGCAACAAUAUUUAGCACAGUAAAGUGAAGAUACAUUUAUUUCCACAUUUAGCUUCUUGAUCAAAUUGACUUCAUUAAUAUGAGGGACUUUUAACAGGAAAGGUCAAGCCAUGACAUCACAGAGCAAGUCCCGACAACACAGAGUGAAUCACGGAGAGACAAGACAUCGCAAAAAGCUGAUAAACUGGAUACAUUUAAAACAGGAGGCUACACAGCUGCUGGACACAGGAAAGGUCAAGCCUUGACAUCACCGAGCAAGUCCUGACAACACAGAGUGACUCAGAGAGACAAGACAUCGCAAAAAUCUGAUAAACUGGAUACAUUUAAAACAGGAGGCUACACAGCAGCUGGACACAGGAAAGGUCAAGCCAUGACAUCACAGAGCAAGUCCCAACAACACAGAG